AUGGGUGCAUGUGGUGGCACUGAUGAACGAGCAACUAACCCAGAACUGAAGAUGAGCUACAGAAACAAAGAUCAAUGUUCUGAAGUUAAAGCUUGGAGUGAAGAAACAGUGAAUAAAAGCUAAGCUGAAGCUGAUGCUAUGUACCAGAGCAAGUUUCAGGAACUUCAGUUCACAGCUGGAAAGCACAAAGAUGCUCUGAAAAUCUGCAGGGUACAGAUUUCUGAGCUGAAUCAACUGAUCCAAAGACUGAGAGCAGAAACUGAGCAUGUGAAAAAACAGUGUUCCUGUUUUCAAACAGUGAUUGCCGAGGCUGAAGAACACAGAGAGAAAGCUGUCAAAGAUGCAGGAGACAAGCUGGUGGAACUGCAGAAUGCUCUGCAGAAAGCAAAGCAGGAGCUGGUGCACCCUUUGUGGGAUUACCAGGAAUUCCUCAAUAUUACGCUUGCACUGGAUAUUGAGAUUGCCACCUAUGGGACACUUUUGGAAGGAGAGGAAUGCAGGUGGGUGUGA